AUGUGUGCCCAACCCAUUAAGAUUUACAAAGCCCACAAACCUUUCAAGAUUCCAAUUCCCCCUACCUUGCGUCUUUCUUCCCUUCCGCUGCAACCAAUGUGCAGACACAUCUUCGCCCUCAAAUGGAUUGGUAACUCGAACUUAAUCGUUACAUGGAUGAUGAUACGAUCAACAUGCAUCCUCCAACAACAAGCUCCAGAUCACUUCAUCAACAAAUUCAAAUAUUUCUCUUCAUUUCUCCUCCAUUACUCUGUGCCUCCUUCUUCACCCAUUGAAGAAACGGGAGAAGAUUCCGCAUCUCAUUUACUCUCUCUCCUCUCGCUACCCAAUUGGCAGAAAAACCCACGUCUCAAAACCCUAAUCCCAUCGAUUUCCCCAUCACAUAUCACCUCUCUUUUCAACGAUAACCCUAACUUGAAGCCACAAACAGCUCUUUCAUUUUUCAAUAUCUUGUCACAGAGAUCUAAUUUUAGACCUAGUGUUGAGUCUUUUGCAUCACUGCUUACGAUACUGAUCAAGAAUCGAUUUUUAAAUGUGGCUGAAAAGAUCCGGAUUUCGAUGGUGAAGGCUUGCGAAACGGACGACGAUGCGAGGUUUGUUUUGGGGUUUCUGAGAAAAAUGAAUGCUGAUGACGAUGAAGAUUUUGAAUGCAAAUUUAAACUCAGUAUUAGAUGUUAUAAUACAUUGUUAAUGUGUUUAUCAAGGUUUUCGAUGAUUGACGAUAUGAAAUAUGUGUUUCUAGAGAUGUUAGAUGAUAAAAUCAUGCCGAAUAUAUACACUUAUAACUCCAUGGUGAACGGAUACUGUAAAUUGGGGAAAGUUGAUGCAGCUGGCCUGUAUGUUACCAAGAUUGCUCAAGCGGGGCUUAGUCCUGAUACUCAUACUUAUACAUCCUUGAUUCUAGGCCAUUGCAGGAAUAAAGAUGUCGAUAGAGCACACAAGGUGUUUGAUGUAAUGCCUAAGAAAGGGUGUUGCAGAAACGAGGUUUCUUAUACCAAUUUAAUUCAUGGGUUUUGUGAAGAAAGUCGUAUUGACGAAGCUCUGAAGUUAUUUCACCAAAUGGGAGAUGAUAAUUGCUUCCCUACAGUCCGUACAUUUACUGUUUUGAUUUCUGCAUUAAGUAAGUCAGGUAGAACAGCAGAAGCAUGGGCUUUAUAUAGCAAAAUGAGUGAGAAAAGUUGUGAGCCGAAUGCCCAUACUUACACUGUUCUCAUAGAUGCAAUGUGUAAAGAGAAAAAGUUGAAUAAUGCACGACAGUUAUUAUAUGUAAUGGAAGCUAAAGGAGUGGAGGGUACUGUUGUGACAUAUAAUGCUUUGAUUGAUGGAUUUUGUAAGGAAGGAAAGGUCGAGAGUGCAUUUGAGAUGCUUAAAAGAAUGGAAAAGAAAAGGUUAAAACCAAAUGUCCGCACAUACAACGGGUUGAUUGGUGGGUAUUGUAAAGGUGAUAACAUUCACAAGGCAAUGGCAUUGCUUGAUAAGAUGAUGAAGAUGAAACUUUCACCUACUAUUAUCACCUACAACUUGCUAAUCAAUGGACAAUGUAAGCAUAAUCAUGUUGAUAGUGCCUAUCGGUUGAUUGGUUUGAUGAAAGACAAUGGUGUUCUUCCUGAUGAAUGGACCUACAGUGCUCUAAUAGAGGCUUUAUGUAAACGAGGAAGUGUUGAAGAAGCUCAUUUGUUGCUUAAAGAAAAGGGGAUAAAAGUAAAUGAAGUUACCUACACGACUCUUAUAAACGGGUAUUUCCAAACUGGGAAGGCGGAUCUUAGCAUGGGUUUGUUUAAAGAAAUGUUGACCAAUGAUUUCUCACCGAAUUCUUGGACGUAUAAUGUGCUGAUUCAUGGGUUAUGUAAAGAAGAUAAGAUUCAAGAAGCGUUAAUGUUAAUCGGGAAGAUGAUCAAGAUAGGUUUUGAAGUGGAAAUCACUACUUACACAAUCUUUAUCGAACAUUUGUUAAAAAGUUUCGAUUUUUUUGAAGCACAUAAGCUGUUCAACCAAUUGGGUGCAUCUGGAUUGAAGCCCGAUGUUUGUACAUACACUUCUUUUAUACUUGCAUACUGCACUCAAGGAAUGAUAAAAGAAGCAGAAGAUAUGAUGAAUGAAAUGAUUCAAAAAGGUGUCAAACCAGACACCGCCACGUAUACGGUUUUCAUCGACGCGUAUUGCCACGUAGGACAGAUAAACCGUGGUUUUGAUUUCUUAAAACGUAUGAUGGAUGCUGGAUGUGAGCCUUCACAACAUACAUACGCAAUAAUCUUGAAGCAUCUUUUGAGGAAAAACUACAAGUCAAACACCGGAAUCGACAAUGCCAUUCCGGUGAACACCGUGUGGAAGAUAAUGGAAUUCGAUGAUGCAAUCGAGCUGUUUUCGGAAAUGGUCAAACGGGGUUGUGAAUUAAAAGUCAACACGUUCGAUGCGUUGACCAAGGGGUUGUGUAAAGAAAGGCGGUUUGAAGUUGGUGAAUCAUAUGUUAACAAACGGGAUUUCUCCAAAUGA